UCAGCUAAGUGGUGAUGGAUAAUGAUGAGGAGUCAAGAGUUAAUUCAGUUAUAUUGUGUGUCAUGUGUGUGCGCUAGUAGGUCGGAAUUAACUUUUAAACCUGCUUUGUCUUGGUCGAGAGAAGGAGAUUCAUUCUAGAACCAAUGACGUCAUAUUUUGUAUAUAAACUGUUGUUCGUGGUUACAUGGCAGCGCGCUCCGAGAAUAAAUACUAUUAUCUAUUUUUGAUAAGACUGGUCUCCGUCUAUUUUAUGCAAAUAAGAAUCUUACAAAUUCUCAUAAAAUAGACUAAGUGAAUUAAAUUAAUGAAAACAUAUUGGAAUAAUGAAAUUAUACCAACACUAACCCUCUGUGCUGGCACAAAUCUACUACUAUCCCUCACCCUUGACCCAUCCUCCUCCACUCUCUUCAUUACCUCAGCAUACACCCUCUGCACUAUUCGAACUCUGGCCACAUCAACCUGCCUCUCUCGCACCUUACACCGCCGAUCCGCCGGGAAGAUGAGCACCCCUACCAUUGACACACAACUUUAUCCACCAAAACUAUACCUCUGUCCCAUGCCCUCCUGACAAUGAUUCCUCUGUUUUACUACGCUCCCCACCGGUUCUACGUCACACCAAACGGCGGGCAUCACAAACACCAGGAAUUUUCAACUUAAAUUGCCCCACCUCCAAACUUAACGCUACUCCUUUCCAUGGUGCCCUGUUCCUAAGAGCAAAGCAAGAAACAGAUAUUGACCCAAGUUACAUAACCCAAGCCUGUUCCCUCUGUUCAGAAGAAACACAAACAAAUAUCACAAGUCCACUACAGGCUACCUUCACUGAUUCAACUGUCCCCAACUCCUUUCUCACCCACCCUGAAACCACAAAUAGAUCAGCCAAAAGGCAAGGGUCCACUUUCUCCAAAAAUAUAAUUCCUACUGGAGUUCUGGCUAUCGUUGACCUCUCCAUGCUUCCUUCAACCUUACAAACAUUUACCACACCAACGACUGACUACAUUACCCCAACCAUGCUUGUAAUAUGGAAAUAAUAAUGUCCCAUAAAUACUUUAAUAUUUUAAAUUCUUCAGCAUUUUGCUUCGAUAGGCUAUCAAUUUAUGAUGUGGAAAUGUCUCAAUGUAUUUCUUUUGUCUCAAAGAGUCAAAGUCUCUCUCUCACACCAUCGCACAAACACACCCUUUCUAGGCGGUACAAUGCUUAAUAGGCUAUGCUCUAUCUAUCCUGAGGGAGUUGCAGUGAUCCUCCUAGCUACAUUUUCCCCAGCAGAUCCGAGCAGAUUAGAUGUGUUUGUCAUUGGAAAGGGUUUCAUUUCUAUAAAGUAAGUACUGUCUAUCAACAGGUAACAGUUUAAUAUAUAUAUUUACGCUUAACAGAUGGUUGUUCUAAGAAUAAGGAAAGCCCACAAAAGACGUUAUGCACUUCUAUGUUUGAGCAUUGUUGGCUUCAUCAUGUACCGGUACCUGGGUACUGCGCCCGGAGGCAGGAGAAUGAGCAGGAGAGUAGGUUUGAGUGCCAACUCGUCCCAGUUCACCUUGGAGGGAGAAACAUUCCGUAUUCUGGGGGGAUCCGUCCACUACUUCCGGGUCCCUAGAGCCUACUGGAGAGACCGCCUGAUGAAAAUGAAGGCUUGUGGCAUCAACACCCUCACUACAUAUGUACCAUGGAGCUUACAUCAGCCAGAGAGAGGGGUUUUCCACUUUCAAACAGAGUUGGAUUUAGAAGCCUACAUUAACUUGGCUGCUGAGGUAGGACUCUGGGUGAUCCUGCGUCCAGGGCCAUACAUUUGCUCUGAGCUCGACCUAGGAGGGCUGCCGAGUUGGCUUCUUCGUGACGAGAGUAUGAGGUUGAGGACUACUCACCCAGGAUUUGCUGAGGCAGUCAACACGUUCUUUGACAAGCUCAUUCCAAAAGUGGUUCCUCUACAGUUCAAGAAAGGAGGGCCCAUCAUUGCUGUACAGUUGGAAAAUGAAUAUGGAUCAUUUGCAAUGGAUAACACUUACAUGCCUUUCAUCAAGGAGGCUCUACAGUCCAGAGGAAUCAAUGAGCUCUUACUGACAUCAGAUAACCAUGAGGGAUUAAAGGAAGGGGGUGUGACGGGAGUAAUCAGAACAGUGAAUCUACAGAAACUAAAUCAGGAGGACAUCAAGUAUUUGAAUGCUAUUCAGCCCAAUAGCCCCAUGAUGGUGAUGGAGUGCUGGACAGGCUGGUUUGAUGCAUGGGGAGACCUCCACCAUGUCCUCGCUCAAGAGGAUAUGAUUUCUGCUGUACGGGAGAUUCUGAGACGCGGCAUGUCCAUCAACCUGUACAUGUUCCACGGAGGGACUAACUUUGGCUUCAUGAGUGGAGCACUGACAAACCCAAUCUACAAGGCACUAAUCACAAGCUAUGAUUAUGAUGCACCUCUGUCCGAAUCGGGAGAAUACACGCCAAAGUAUCACCUUCUCAGGGAUCUAUUCAGUCAGUAUCACAGUGAGAAGCUCCCUGAUAUGCCUGCCCUGCGUUGGAAGGAGACGUAUGAGCCAGCCAUCAUGUACCAGCACCUCUCUCUGUGGGACGCCUUGACCUUCGCUGAGGAGCCAUUUAAAUCACCAACCCCAGUCAACAUGGAGAAUCUCCCAGUGAACAGUGGGAAUGGCCAGUCCUAUGGCUAUACCCUCUAUGAGACCAUUAUAACCAGCGGAGGCUCCCUCAAGUCUGGAGACAAUGUACGGGACAGAGCCCUGGUGUUUGUGGACAGACACUACAUUGGCAUUUUCAAGCAUCAGAAUCUGGAGUUAGCGGUGCCUGAUGGAAAGGAGAAACGGACAUUGAGCUUACUGGUUGAGAACUGUGGACGAGUUCACUAUGGGAAAGCUCUAGAUAAACAGCGCAAAGGUCUCGUAGGUGACAUUCUAUUGAACAACAGUCCUUUGAGGGACUUCACGAUAUACAGUCUGGAUAUGAAAACCAGCUUUAUUGAUAGCCUCAACCAGGCGCCUUGGAUGUCCCUUCCACACGUUCCCAGUUUCCCUGGAUUCUUCCUGGGAAGAAUGUUUACCUACGGCUAUCCAAGUGACACCUUCGUCAAGCUACCAGGCUGGGGCAAAGGGGUAGUCUUCAUCAAUGGUUUGAACCUGGGGCGCCACUGGUAUAUCGGCCCCCAGCAAACACUCUACCUCCCAGGACCUUUUCUCAACAGUGGAGUAAACCAGGUCAUUGUGUUUGAAGAGCAGGAAGCUGAUUAUAAAAUCACGUUUGAAGAGACUCCUGAUCUGGGCAUGGCUGUGGACAUUCAGUAACUGCAUUCCCAAGCUACUGUAAUUUUAAUAAACAAUAAUACUGGAUGGAUCUUAUUUUUCAUUUUUUUCUGGGACCCAAAAUGCUGUACAUUGUAUGGGGAUAACUCACCAUACAAUAUUGUUUGUAAUUUUAUUGACGUAAAUAUCAUCCAAACUGGAUUUGUAUUGAAUCUAGUAACGAGAACAAAAUAUCACAGCCUAAAAACAAAGCUAUUUUCAACUCGAAUCAUUGUGUUGGCUAAACAAGUCAUCAACGUCUGUAUGUGUCAUGAUGACAAGUAUUUUGGUUAUAACAAAUGGCAUGUCAUGUUAAUGAUAGCAUUCUGGUGACCCUUGCUUCCAAACAAAAUGUUAUACCUGUAUCAUCUGACCACUGAUUGAUAGACUACAAGAGCUUCAGCAGUUUUAUUUUAGUAUUCAUCAUGCAUCAAAUUGGCAAAUAUGAGUUAGUGUGCUGUAUAUGCCUGGCACUUCAAUAAUGUAUCUUCCCUGAGACCAGGACUGUAUAGGACUAAUUAAUACAAAUUUAAACCAAUGCUAUGAUUUUGAACAGAAAUUACAAUAUCAACAAUAAUAAUAAACCACGUCAAACAAGGAAAGCAAAGAGAUGCUGACAUACUAAGUACAUUUUUAUGAUCGUAUUUACAUAUAAAUAUUACAGUGGCAGUUUACAAUGCAGAAGUAUUCCUUCUGUUUACCUUUGAAUAUCAAAUCAAAGGUCAAUAAGUGGUGUUUGGGGUCAAGACUGGUCAGAAAAUGACAUACUGUAUCAAGGGAAGACUAUUACUGGCAUGUAUCCUGUAGUAUGUGUUGUGAAAUAAUAAUAUUGCAUUGACUAGCAUUAUAACAUUUAUUUUUUAUUUUUUAAAUAAAACGUUUUCACUGGCAAA